CUUGCAAAAGCAAACAGUUACAAGGACAAUACUACAGCAAGAACCAAAAGGUUUCUUAAAAUAAUGAGCAAUAGUCAUCUUCUUGUGAAUGUGCAGGAGUGGAUAGCAGAGAAUCAGAAUGCUUUCCUGCCACCAGUGUGCAACAAGCUCAUGCACUUUUCCCAGUUGAACAUUAUGUUUGUUGGAGGACCAAACACCCGAAAAGAUUACCAUAUAGAAGAAGGCGAGGAGCUAUUCUACCAGGUGAAGGGAGACAUGUGUCUGAAGGUGAUUGAAAAUGGCAAGAACAAGGAUGUGCACAUCAAGGAGGGAGAGAUGUUCCUGUUGCCUGCUCGGAUCCCGCACUCCCCCCAGAGACAAGCCAACACUGUGGGACUUGUGGUGGAGCGGAGGCGUCUGCUCACUGAGACUGACUGCCUCAGGUACUACGUCAGCAACACGACUGACAUCCUUUUUGAGAAAUGGUUCUACUGUGAAGAUCUAGGAACCCAACUGGUGCCAAUCAUCCAAGAGUUCAUGGCAUCAAAGCAGUACAAGACAGGAAAACCUGAUCCCAAUGAAGACUUCAGAGAGCCUCCAUUCCAGAUGAACAACAUGAAUGUGAUGUCGCCCUUCUGCUUUAAGUCCUGGCUGGAUAAACACAAGCCAUUCCUGACCAGUUGUAGCCCAAUAAACAUGUUUGGGGCUCAGUUUGAGACAGAGGUAACCUUGUUUGGAGCUGGUUUAACUGAUGCAUCCUUACUGCAAAGUGAUGUGUGGAUUUGGCAACUGGAGGGAUCCUCAAGGGUAACCAUGAACGAGCAGGAGUUUAAUCUCUCUGCAGGAAAUAGUUUACUGAUUCCUGAGCACAACCAGUACCAGUGGCAGAGAGAUGAGGAGACUGUGGCACUGGUUGUGGUACAAAACCCCGAGCGUAAAAGACCCUGAUCAUACCUGACAACGACACGCUAAACAUGCAGCUAUGUUGUUUAAUUCAUACGGUAUCAGCAUAAAGAAUUGCUGAGGAUAUAUUACAACUGACUUGACGAUGCCGUUAAAAUACAACUUCCACAAAAAAAAUGUCAGUAUAAAACCUUUGUGUUAUCUCUGUCUAUAGUCUAAUUUUGCAAUUUCCAUUCAAUUCAGUUUUAAAAUGUGCAAUGAAUGCAUUUAUUUCACAAUAAAUUCAAGACUCAAAACUCGUUUAUGAGUCACUUUAACCAUUUC